AUGGCACUGGCCGCAUUACUUCUAUCUCAGCCCAUCAAUGCCCUGCAUCACUUUCGGCACCCAGCAGUACACACGGUACACCGCCGAGAUUCAGAUAUCCCUCUGCGAAUACGAAAUCAAUGCAACGAAGACAUCUGGCCUGCUGUCCUCACUCAGAGCGGUGCCGGACCCUCUCGAUCCGGAUUCCUGCUAGUCCCAGGUAACUCGACCGAGCUGAUUGUUGGUCAAGAUUGGCAAGGCCGAGUGUGGGCUCGGACGAAUUGUACGUUCGACGAGAGUGGCAAUGUACCUCCCUCUAGUCAAGGCAAGGUUACUUGCUCAACUGGUGAUUGUGGCCAGUUUCUCGAAUGUCAAGGCGCCGGCAACCCACCUGCCACUCUAGCCGAGUUCACUCUCUCCGGCCAUCAAUACCAAACCUAUUAUGAUAUCUCACUCGUUGACGGCUACAACCUCCCUGUCGGCAUCAUCUUCCUAGCGAAUGAAACCAACAACGCGAAUUUGAGCGACAUCCCGCCCAACCUCACGAAUCCCAUUUGCAUCGGCUCUCCUUCCCUGCUCGACCCCACAGGCUCAAAUACAGACGCCAGCUUGGUAACUAACGAUUCUUUCCCCAUUCCACUCGAGCAGUCUAUGAGUCACAGCCUCGUCUCCUCGUGGUGCCCGUUCCCACUGCUAGCAUUCCCACCCGAAAAGCCUGGCGAUGGAGUCUACCCUUAUCCGGAUGACAACAUCCAACGUCCACUCUUCUCACCUUGUUAUUCAGCGUGCGCGAAAUGGAAUCUUAAUCGGUACUGCUGCGCUGGGCCGAACGACCAACCCGACAAGUGCAAGCCCAGCUACUACAGCACGCAGGCCAAGAAGGUGUGUCCCGACGCGUACAGUUACGCGUACGAUGAUCAGACCAGCACGUUCAUCAUACCCCAGGGCGGUGGGUUUGAAGUGGUCUUCUGUCCGAGGGGUCGAAGUAGCAACAUAUUGCGGACGCUUGGGGAUCAGAUGCAUGCACUCGCUGGAGGGGUGAGCGAGGACAUCUUGCAGAAAGCAGGGGAUGCGGAAUACAUUGCUCAGAAGAACGAUGCUGGUCCCGCGGCGGAAAUACCGCUGAGAGGUAGCUGGCUUGCACUCGCGGUGCUUCUGGCGUGGAUGUGCAUCAGGUGA